UAGCAUGAAGAAACCACUGUACUUAAUUCACAGGGACUUAUUACGACGAUUAGGGAUACUUUUUGAUUAACUAUAAGAUUUUUUUCCUACAAUUUGAUAUCGUUUGCUUUGGUAUUAAAUACGUUUCUUAUACGCUACAACAAAACUGUUUAUUGCACUUGAAUGUUACUUCUCAUAUCAGCCAACUGGUAUGCAAGAGCGAUGGUAAAAUGCUCGAAAUAUAUGCACAGACACGAAUUAAAUUGAUUUGUCAACUUCCCAGUGUACAACAAUAUAACUUUUGGAACGACAGCCUGUCGGCCUCGCCUAACGUCUGUCAUCAUUAACAGGACUUUUCUCUCGUUUAGCAAUGGGGAUGUAUUUAUUUACGGUGCUCUUGGUAGUGUUUAUCUCUGAAGCCCUUGGUAAUGUGACGAGCAAACGAGGCGUUCCGGGUGAUGUGUGCGAGAUGGGCGGGGGCGUGAAGGGGCGCUGCGAGGAGGUGAGGGCGUGCCUGGAGGACGGAGGCGUGAUCAGAAGAGAGGGUGUGGUCACCCUCUGCCAGCAGGAUCCCGGGGCUGUCAUCGUCUGCUGUAGGAAACCACAUCGAAUUGCUGACGAACUGUGCAGCGCGUGGUCGGGCUAUUGGCGCAGCGAGGGAGGACAAUGCAUACGGGAGAAUCAGCUGAUCGUCGGUGGCGUCACAGCCAAGCUCAGGGAAUUCCCACACAUAGCUAUUGUUGGUUACCAGACUCCGAACUCAACAAAAUGGGAGUGCGGAGGAACCCUGAUAUCGCCUCACUAUGUCCUCACGGCUGCCCAUUGCUACAAAGAGGGUAAGCAGUACAUGGUCAAACUCGGCGAACACGACCUCGCUCACGACAACCAAAACGUGGCCUCGCGAAUUAGAGGUGACCUGCCCUCAUCGCUUUACAAGGUCGAGUCUCUCCGCCAAGAUACCACAGAGUCGAGUAAGGUCGAACAGCUCCUGAGGGGCCACUUCAUCCUGCACCCGGAGCACCAUCACUUCAAAUAUUACGACAUUGCUCUUAUUGCUCUCGAGAAGCCGGCUACUUUUACCCUUAGUGUGUUGCCGGCUUGCUUGCCAACCGACCCUGAUAAGGACUUCGUCGGAGAAAAGGUCACUGUAGCAGGAUGGGGAUAUACUGGCAUAGGCGCUCCUGUUAUCAAAGACAUCCUACGGAAGGUCACAGUGCCAGUCAUCGACCUCCUCGAGUGCCAGUACCUGACCCCAGACCCAUAUGGGUUAAGCACGCCCCUGGGUCUCAUGGAGGACCAGAUCUGCGCCGGCGCCCCUGGGAAGGACUCUUGCCAGGGCGACAGCGGAGGACCCUUGCUCUACCAGAUUCCCCGUAACGGCGACCCCUGCGAGCACACCGUCAUUGGCGUGGUGAGCUUCGGCCAAGGCUGCGGGCGCCUUGGCGUCUACACGAGGGUCUCCUCCUACUUGGACUGGAUCACCGGAUUCAUCGCUCCUAACGCUUGACGUGUCUACAAGCACGUAAACAAACGCUUGAAUCUAUGAGACAAUGUCAUGUCGUUAAGAUAAACACAGAUGCAGAUAUAGUCUAAAUCCCCAUAAAAGAAGAAAGAACACAGAUGCAGACAUACGAACAUUGUACACAAAGAUAAAGAGAAACAAGACCACAAUAUAAACACUCCUAACUGAAAAUUAAAACUGAAAUGGAUCCUGUAGUAACAUAUAUAGAGAGGUAGAUAAAGAGAUAGAUACGCAUAUAUACACACACUGUGUGUGUGCAGGCGCAUGCGUGCCCCCCUCCCCCACACACACUUCAUUUUCCCCGCCCUACACAAAACACUGAUUAAAGGCGGCCCAUUCUCACAUAUCAGUAAUAAGUCAGUGCUGCGUCCGCUCAAGUCUGUCAGUGUCUGAAAAAAUCGUUAACUUGACUUCGGAUAGUGCAUCCACACAUCCCCGGCACAGAACUAUGUCUUGACUUAGUGUCAGUUACGUCUCCGUGCCAUGAAAUUGAAAAUCAUCGCCACCGAUAUCUUUAUUUUUCACGGACAUCGGACGAGUGUUGUGAGUUUUUCAACAAAAAUGAAUGUUGAAUUUCGCUUUAUUUUAAUACACAAAUUAAUGUACGGUAUUGCAAAAUAAACGCCUAAGGAAAAUUUCCUAUGUGGCUUUGAAUAGAUAAAUACAGUAAAUAGCCUACUAUAAAAUAUUUGUAUUAUUUAACCACAAACAAACUGAUAAUCGCCCCCUUGGUGUUAUAGUCUUUUCUCCAGUGGGUGUCUACUUCUACAAAUAAGCCUCUUUUUUACUGAGCACUGUGUUUAAACAGUUUUCGGGCAUUCUGAAGUACUGGAACAAAAAUUGUUCCAUCAUCAGUUAUCUCCUUGUACAAAUUAGCGAGCUCUCCUUUACUUUCUUUUAUUCCACGCUUUAUGUGCUCACUUUCUUUUUCUUUAUUUUUAUCCUCUUCAUCAAGAAUUAUGGCAAUCAUUACCAAUUCCACGUCUGAAAACUUUGCUGUUUUGGAAAUUACUGAUUUCACGCUGCAAGUUAUUACUCAGGGGCAUCAAUUAAGUAGUUGCCAAAACUCUGCCCCCCUCAACAGGCUGCGAUUUUUUUUUUUUUUUUUUUUUUUUUUUUCACUUGUCCAGGAGGACAAGUACACCUGACUUUCCACUCGUCCUCUUCUGAAUACCACUUGUCCGAAAUAUUUAUAUAUAUAUAUUAUAAAGAAAUUUAUCAACUGUGAUAUAUGAAACUAAUAUAAAUAACUAUUAAUUGUGUCAUUUUUCUUUUAACAUUUUUAAACUGUAAUAACAGUCAACAUUAUGUGAUUGUGAAUACAAUAAAACAUUAAAGAUACA